CUAUUCAAACAGUCCAAAGGUUCACUACAGACCAGCUGUGGCAUAACUAAAUUUACAUUUACAUAACCUCUGCCAACAAGAAACACGGAACAACGGAGCGGUUGGUAUAACUACAUCCUAACCCUUCUCGAGGAUGAACUCCCGGAGGACCCGUCCCCGUGCCGUUACCGGGGUGUUGUUGCUGUUGUUGGCGGUGGUCUGUUCGCCCCUACACCGAGGGGCUGCCGUAGCUGUUGCGGACCCGGUAGUGAAUGUUGCACAAGGCAAACCCGUGAAAGCGAACGUGACCUGCGGCAGCCCUUUGGAGGAUUUCUACCCACACAGCGACUUACUCAAACCUGCGUCCGACAGACAGAUACAGAGGUGUGACGCAAGCAAUCCUUCCCUGGCCCACAAUGCCUCACUGAUGACUGAUGGCAACAGCUCCACCUGGUGGCAGAGCACAUCACUGCAGCAGCUGAUGCUGUCCGGGAACGGGGUCGGAGAUCGAGCAGAGGUCUCCAUAACCCUGGAUCUGGGACAGACGUACCACCCUGAGAACAUCACCAUCCACAUGGGUGAUACCAUCCGGCCGGGACGGCUGGCCAUCAUGAGGUCAGCUGACGGACUGAACUUUGACCCCUGGAUUUACCUGGUAACCAAUGGCAACAGGGACUGUCGCAGGUUCGGGGUUGCCAAGCAACCAGAGCCGGACAGCCCGGAAUCGGUGGUGUGCCGGGAGUACGCACAACUGGAGCCGCAGCUGUAUAAUGAAAGGAUCACCGUGUCCCUGUCGGAGGUUCCCCCCAGUUUCAGUGAUGAGGCCCGGCAGCGCUGGCAGGCUGUACGACACCUGCAGCUGCGCUUCUACGACAUGGACCUGGUGCUGGGGACAUCUGCAGACCAGUUCGUUUGUAACUCUCUUACUUGA